ACAUUCAUCAUAUCGUGGCCUGGCCUCUUGCAUAAUUUGCAUCCUUUCUUUGGUCUUACAGUUAUUACUUAGACCUUGCAAACUGCAAUUAACUAUUAACAAUGAAGGGGUCAUGUAGUUCGAGCGGUUAUUACUUUUGUCUGAUCAAUAUGUUCUUGUUGCUUUUGGCAGUAAGUUCUCAACUGACAACAGACUUCUACAAGUCAUCAUGUCCUAACGUUUCCAAAAUAGUAAGGAGAGAAGUUCAAAAAGCUCUAAUGAAUGAGAUGCGAAUGGGUGCUUCCUUGCUUCGCCUUCACUUUCAUGACUGCUUUGUUAAUGGUUGUGAUGGAUCAAUACUACUAGAUGGUGGUGAUGAUGGAGAGAAGUCUGCUAUUCCUAAUCUGAACUCUGCUAGAGGAUAUGAUGUUGUAGAUACAAUCAAAAGUUCAGUGGAGAGUGAAUGUCAAGGGGUUGUCUCAUGUGCUGAUAUAUUAGCCAUCGCUGCCAGAGAUUCAGUUUUCCUAAGUGGUGGUCCUUCUUGGAAGGUUCUGCUAGGACGAAGAGAUGGAACAGUCUCAAACGGAACACUAGCAAAUCAGCUUCCUUCGCCGUUGGAUUCAUUGGAUACCAUCAUUUCAAAAUUUAGUAAUUUAGGCCUUAAUCUCACAGACGUUGUUUCUUUAUCAGGUGCUCAUACUUUCGGGCGAUCAAGGUGUACACAAUUUAGCAAUAGAUUGUACAACUUCUCAGGAACAGGUGCACCAGACAGUACACUAGACACUGACAUGCUCUCUGACUUGCAAAGUUUGUGUCCUAAAAGUGGAGAUGGAAACGUAACUACAGUCCUUGAUCGAAACUCUUCGGACCUAUUUGACAACCACUACUUCAAGAACUUGCUCGUUUCAAGGGGCCUUCUGGGUUCUGACCAGAUUCUGUUUUCUAGUGACGAGGCUAACUCAACCACUAAACCUUUGGUCCAAAGCUACAGCAACGAUAGUGGACUCUUCUUUGUGGACUUUGCCAAUUCUAUGAUCAGGAUGGGGAACAUAAACCCAAAGACUGGGUCUGAUGGAGAGAUUAGGAAGAACUGCAGAGUGAUCAAUUCUUAGUACAUGAAUGAGGCUUUCCAAGAUGUGAAAUAAUAAGCACAAGAUCGGGUGUGUCUUCUAGUUACAAUAGCGUAGUUUAGGUUGGUGUUGUUAUGUUAUUAACCGGAAUGGAAAUGUGCUUUCAUGUGCCACAUGGUGGAUAUGAAAACCUAACCAAGGUUACAAGGCAAAAGACAAACUACAAAUAUUAAAUAAGAUACUUGAAUCAUUUCCUUUCAUCUUUUAAGGGAUUUAA